AUGCCACGAGCUAGAAGCAAGUCGACGGUGCUGCAAAUUGCAAGUGACACGCAUGCUUUAAACAAUGGUUCAACAUCGUUACAUGAAAAGAUUGUACCCACACCAACCACGUUUCGACGUACAAGAUCGAAGUCAAAUUCGAAUGGUGGAUCAACACCGACAAUAAAGUACGAUUUCUUAUACCCAUUAUGCCAGAAAGAGGAGGACAAGAUAUGGUCACAAUUUGUUGAAUCAUUUGAUUACGACGUGGUACUAAAAACUGAGGACAUUGCACAUAUCAAUGCCAAACAUUUGGAUUCCGUACUUGGCUUUCAAAGUAACUUGCAAUUAAAUCAAGAUCAACUAAAGGGGCUCAUCACUCAAACGGAUGCAUUGAUACAAAAUGUCAAUGAGUGUUUUACCAACUACAGACAAAUUUCCGACGAGACUCUGGAUUUUGAUUCAUUGGCCAAUGAAUUGCUCAAUAAGCAAAACUUGUAUCAGCAAAAAUACAACAAAAUCCACUCCCAUUUAAAACACUUUGAGCAUUUGGACUUAAUCACAAAAAACUUGUCAAAGUCAGGUAGUCACUUGCUAACCAACAGACGCUCGUUUUUCAUUAAUGACAUUUUGUUGAAUUUGGAUGAGUCGUUGAACUUUAUGGAAACGCACCCCGAGUAUAAGGACAGUGACUUGUACAAAAGCAGGUUUCGCCAGUGCAUGACGAGGGCUUUGACAUUGAUUAGAAACUUUUUGGGCAACGAAUUGAGGAGUGUUGACGAGUCAGUAAAGUCGAAAUUAAAACACACUACCAAGGAAUCGAAACAAGUAGUUACAAUAGACUUGUUGAUUUACAAUGAAUUCAACAACUACUUGAAACAUAAUGACGAAAUUUUCCAUGAAUUAGCUGGAGAAUUGUUUAAGCGCAGCACAAAGCACGAGGAGUACAAUGGAUUGAUCAAUGAUGUACUAAGCAUUUAUUUCCAACUUCGAGCAAAGUUGUUAAAACAAUACAUAAACAAGACUUCAACUAUUGGUGAAUUGUACACAAAGAAUUUAAAGACAGACUUGGUCCAAACUUGUCAGGAUCAAAUUUCUUAUUUCAAAAAGAUCAUUGAGAAGGAAUCUGCCUUGUUUAUUAAGUUUUUCAACCCAUCGCUGUAUCAGGAUGAGUUGAAAUCAAUGAUUUGGGACGAAUUUUAUGCGUUUUUGAAAAAUGUCCUUGACCCAUUAUACGACGGUAUACGUCUAUGGGUCCUCAAGGAGGUCAACAUCAGCUCAUUGUGUCAAAUGACAACUUUGUUGCAAAAAUAUUACGAAUUCGAAGAUGGGGAUGACCCGAAUGGUAGUUUGGUUGACACACAAAGCUACUUUGGCAUUGCCCAGCUGGAUACCAUCAAAUAUGGUGUUUUGUUCCAGCCAUUACUAGAUGAUACUCAAAACCGUUUAAUAUUUAGAAUUCAAAAUUACAUCGACACGAAGUUAAUGAAGUACAAGCCCAGUCCAGUGGAUUUGAAAAUUGGUCACAAGAAGCAUUCCAAGACCAAGGUUACCAAUCCUUUAGACGUUGAUUACGAGGAAAACUUGUUUCCGGAUGUAUAUCUCCCUUUGGCUAAAGCAAUGACAAUACUUUCCAAUAUUUAUGAGCUAAUUAGUUCUGCCGUGUUUGACGAUAUAGCUCAUUAUAUUGUGCAUGCAUGUAUUGUCUUGUUGAAAGGUGAAUACUCAAAGUUGAUUGUAGCUCAUCUAGGAGUCAUUGAAGGAAAGUUGUCGUACCUCCACAAUUUGAUAAUCUUGCGCAAUCAGAUAAAAAAUUUUGAUAUACAUUUGGCUAGAAAUGAUUAUACAAUAGACUUUACUAGUGGGAUUACUGACAUUUGGAAUCUAUUAAGAAGAAAAAGUACAGAACAAAGACAUGAAGGAUUUUUUGAAAUUGCAAAGAAAACAGUACCAAAAGUGAUUAACAAUAUGAUUGAUGCAAAUCAUGAAAUUGAAGUAGAGCUUAACCUUGCAGUGAGUGAAUUCCUAACUCAUUGCUCUAAUGACGUUUGCAAACCUAUCAUCCAACCUAAGGAAGGGACUUUUGACAAGCAGUCCUUGUCACAUUUUAAAGACAAUAUCAUUGUCAAGAUUCCAAAUUUGUACAAUGACAUUCAAACGAUAAUCAACGACCCGAUUGUUACACAAUUUUUGAUGAACAGUUUAUCCGACUUGAUAUUGGUGGCUUAUGAAGAAUUUUUGAAAAGUGUGGACGUGGAGGCAUCUCUAAUCGGCGAUGAUGAAACGUUGGAUUUGAUGGAAAUAGAUGCCCUUUCUGGAUUUAUUGGUGAUACAAUCAAUCAAUUAUAUGAGGAUGAACGUCAGGAUAUGCCCCGAUUCAACGAGGAAAUAUUGGAAAAUCUUGCUAUAGAAGACGCAGAUGCAGAUCCCCUUGCGCAAAGGCAGGUCACUACCACUUUGAGCAACUUCGAUCCGACUGAACAGCUUCUCCAGGAACAACAUCUACCUAUUGACAAGUCUCCAUCACCAACGUCAGCGAUAUAA